AUGGUUUUGUGCUGCUGUGACCAUGCUGCAGGUGUAAAGGAACCUGUGAAGAAAUCCAAGAAAAAAGAAGUAUCUAUGAAAGCAGAAUCUUCUGCUAGUGAUCAAGAUAAAAAGAAAAUAGUCUUUUUUGAGGAUUGCAAUCUUGCAUUUGAUCUAGAGGACCUUUUGAGAGCUUCUGCUCAGAUUCUUGGAAAAGGUAAUUUUGGUACAACAUACAAGGCUGCUUUGGAGGAUAUAACCACUGUGGUGGUGAAGAGGUUGAAAGAGGUUACUGUUGGAAAAAGGGAGUUUGAACAGCAGAUGGAAGUGGUAGGGAAAAUUAAGCAUGAAAAUGUGGAUGGAUUAAGAGCUUAUUAUUAUUCAAAGGAUGAUAAAUUAGUAGUUUCUGAUUAUUAUCAACAAGGCAGUGUUUCUUCCAUCUUACAUGGAAAAAGAAGGGAGCGAAGAACUCUAGACUGGGACAGCCGUUUAAGGAUCGCAACUGGUACAGCAAGAGGCAUUGCUCACAUCCAUACUCAACAAGGAGGGAAACUUGUUCAUGGAAACAUAAAAGCCUCAAACAUCUUCCUCAACUCACAAGGGUAUGGUUGUGUAUCUGACAUAGGUUUGGUAACUUUGAUGAGUUCAAUACCAUCACAAGGAGCAAGAGCAACAGGAUACCGUGCACCAGAAGUAAUCGACACACGUAAAGCAACACAUUCAUCUGAUGUAUACAGUUUUGGUGUUCUACUACUUGAGCUUCUAACUGGGAAACCACCUGUAUAUUCUACAGAAGGUGAACAGGCUGUUCACUUGGUUAGAUGGGUGAAAUCUGUUGUCAGAGAGGAAUGGACUGCAGAGGUUUUCGAUACGGAGCUUUUGAGGUAUUCAAGUAUUGAGGAAGAAAUGGUGGAGAUGCUACAAAUUGGGAUGGCUUGUGCAGCAAGAAUGCCAGACCAGAGACCAAAAAUGGCUGAAGUUGUGAGAAUGAUGGAAGGGAUUCGUCAUGAAAAUCGACCAUCGUCUACCGAGUCUGGAUCACAAGUUUCUACUCCAACUGUUUAAGCAACUUAAAUACUUUCUGUUUCACAGUAUGAGAUUCUUUUGUUUUGGUCAAUAGUUUUUAAGGUGUUAUCAGUGGCUCAAUUUCAACUAUUAAUUUGUGCUGUGCUGGGUAAUUAAGCUACUAGAUUUCGUCCCUUUGACUGUAGUACUAUUUUUUUUUAUUUUUUUUAUUUUUGUAUUUUGUGGGCAUGUAUUCUUCUUGGACUCUUUGGUGUGUUAUUGAUGUGGGAUCCAGUGAAUAUGGAACCCAAGUUCGGACAACAUUCUUAAGUCAAAGUAUUGUCUUGAGCUGCACACAGGAUACCAUUAAGUUACUGUUCAGUGAUUCAGACUUGGACUUAUUUGAUCGAUUAA